AUGACGGAAAUCGCUGAUGUUCCAAACGCAGGCGACAGCCCAAUCUCAGAGCUGCACCUCGCGGUGGACGAAUACUACUCGGACCGCGGGCGCAUGUACAAAUGUCGUAGCCCUCUGGACUUCCUUUCUGAUCACGAACGCAUGGCCGCCGCAAAGCACCUGCCUCUCAACCUCGAGGAAAGAGCGAUCGUGAAUCGCCUUGGAGUCGACAUCCUCAGACCCUCCUUGGAGCGAGUUAUACAAGCUACGCCCACCCUUGCAAGCCUGUCCCCCGUCGAUCGCCAGGUGAUUGAGGUGCUGUUCCGUCUCGACGCAGCAACGCUCAUUCCCCAUAAACAGGCCCUCAUCGACGAGUUCUGCUCCGAAGCGACCGUGCUGUUGGAAGCCAAGACUCACCAUUUUCACCCAAACUCGACCACGCCUUCGAACACGGCCAAUUCCUUAUUCUCGCUCCUUGUUGCCGUUUCCCGCGAGACCCACGGACUGAUAAUCAUCGAUUUAUGGGUCAGAGCGAAUCUCAUACCCGCCAUGGAACGCGUCUCUCAUGUUCUUCAGUCAAGCGCGAUCGCUCGCUCUUCUCUUGAGCUGAAAACAGAUCAACCUAUGGCCUCGUCCGAGCCCGUCGUUUCUCUCAUUCCGGCGGAGCUCGAGCAAACCAUCUCAAUUGCGACCACGUCGGUCAGCGGUGUACAAGAGGACGUAACGUCGACCGGCGGUGUAGCUGAGGUAGCCACCGUUGUCGACCCCGUCAGCAAUGCCCCAGCAGUGUCCAGCUUUGAGGUGAUAGCUCUCCCGGAGGAGUUGGCCUCCUCGCUGCUCGAAGAGACGCGUGAGUCGUCAGAUAUCCUGCUUCUGCAAUCGUUCCUGAUCGGGUUCUCCCAAGCGCCCCAGAAGCGCAAGAAUGAGGACCAGCCUGAGAUGAGCUCGCCACCGUUGAAGAAGGCGAAGACUACUGCGGGGGCCCUCAAGCGCGCCACCAGCAUGGCAUGUCGGAUCCCAGUCGCUCGCAAAUCAACUGCGAUCGACAAGGGCAAGGAGGUAGCCGCGCCGCCCAGUGACGGCGAGUCCGCCGCGCCGAAGAUGAAGGGUUCCAGGAGCGCUGCAUUCCUUCGCAAGCCUUUCGGCCCUACGCCGCCGCUACCGAAAUGGAAGCCGCUCUGCCGAGUCGGAUUUCCAAUCAGUCUGAGGCAGCUCGGGGCCCGCGGGAUAAUCUUGUUCAACCUUGGUGCUCUAGAGGGGAUGCAACGAGUCCCGACGUUCAACCCCUUCCCUGGGCCCCACGCAUGUGCCAGCGACUGA